AUGGGUACGUCUGCGGUGCAACAAUGGAUGACAAAUGAAAUUGAACGUUUAUCCUCGAAAUGGCAACGUUAUAAACCAACAGGUUCGGGAUAUAAUCGUAUACAAUCCGUGCGCCUUUCAAAAAGUGUUACGCAAAUGCUGAACAAUCCUUUGCCUCCGGAAGAUCGAUUGGGAAAGCCUACACCAAGAAGAUCAUCGCAAGGUACAAAAGGUGUUUUAGGCUGUUCACAAUCCGAAUGGGAGGAGGUGUAUCCCAAUCUAAAUGUUAAUCGUCCUGGCUUACAAGACGAUGUUGAUAAUCUUCAACCUCAACAAUUUGCUUACUAUCGAAAUUGCUCCACGAGGGUUACAUAA